AAAACAACGCCGCAGCCCGCAAGCAUCAGCGUUUCUCUGAUUCAAUAGUUUCAUUUCUUCAUCGGUAGACCACUGUAAAACCCACCCAAAAGAGAGAGAAUUUUUACAAAUGGCAGGAAGAUUGAGCCACGUAGCGUCCCGGAUUAUGGGCGGAAACGGCAUCGUCAGCCGCUCUGCCGCUGCCUCUCUGCGCCAGCGUUCCGGCAUGGGACUCCCGGUCGGAAAACACAUCGUCCCCGAUAAACCACUUCCGGUGAAUGAUGAGCUGGUAUGGGACAACGGGACGGCCUUUCCAGAACCUUGUAUCGAUCGUAUCGCUGAUACUGUUGGGAAGUAUGAAGCACUGGCUUGGCUGUGUGGAGGAUUGGGUUUUUUCGCGUCGCUUGGCUUCUUGGCUGUCUGGAAUGACAAGGCGUCAAAGAUCCCAUUCACACCCAAGGUCUAUCCUUAUGACAACUUACGAGUUGAGCUUGGUGGAGAGCCCUAAGAUGCUGCCUUGUUGAUGAUUGCUGCAUGGACGUGUCUUCUCUUUUCUCAUUUGCUCUUUCGAGCUCUGAAUAGUGAAAAAUAAGUGAAGUUUUAUGUGAUACUUUCAACCAGUUAGCGGAGAUAAUUCCAACUUGAACAAGUGCAGUGCUGGGUUGUCAUGUCCUUGAGUUACUUUUGUUGAUUUUGAUUCCAAGACAUUGUAAUAGAUGCAGGUUUCUGUUUAAACACGAACAACUGAUAUUGAUGGAUUUUACUGGUUUACUCUAAGUUGUUCUAGCUGUUUCUAAUUUUGAAAUGCUUUUUGAUUU